AUGUCCGCUUCAAUGAAAGAAUGCCUGCAGCUUCAGCUGCUAGAGAUGGAAAUGCUGUUCUCUAUGUUUCCUAACCAAGGAGAAGUAAAACUCGAAGAUGUAAAUGUCCUGACGAAUAUAAAGAGAUAUUUGGAAGGAAAAAGGGAGGCGCUGCCACCCAAAAUCGAAUUUGUGAUUACACUCCAGAUUGAGGAGCCCAAGGUGAAAAUUGAUUUGCAAGUAACCAUGCCUCACAGCUACCCCUAUGUAGCAUUGCAGCUGUUUGGACGGUCUCCUGAGCUUGACAGACAACAGCAACUACUUCUCAACAAAGGUCUCACUUCUUACAUAGGGACUUUUGAUCCAGGCGAGCUCUGUGUAUGUGCAGCAAUCCAGUGGUUACAGGACAACAGUGCCUCCUAUUUUCUGAACAGAAAGCUCGUUUAUGAACCGUCUACACAAGCAAAGCCAGUCAAGAACACAUUCCUCCGGAUGUGGAUCUACAGCCACCACAUAUAUCAGCAGGACCUAAGAAAAAAGAUUUUGGAUGUUGGGAAAAGGUUAGAUGUGACUGGGUUUUGCAUGACAGGAAAGCCGGGUAUAAUCUGUGUGGAGGGCUUCAAGGAGCACUGUGAGGAAUUCUGGCACACAAUUAGGUAUCCCAACUGGAAACACAUUUCUUGUAAGCAUGCUGAAAGUGUGGAAACGGAAGGAAAUGGAGAGGAUCUACGCCUUUUCCAUUCUUUUGAAGAAUUACUCCUGGAGGCCCAUGGUGACUAUGGAUUAAGGAAUGACUAUCACAUGAAUCUGGGCCAAUUCUUAGAAUUUCUGAAAAAACACAAAAGUGAGCAUGUUUUCCAGAUAUUAUUUGGUAUUGAAAGCAAAAGUUCAGACUCCUAG